CGGGUACGGUAUUUUCGAUAGAGCCUCCGAAUGCCAGUGCUAAUGCCGACCCCUUGACAAACAAAAACCUCUUCAGCCCUUGAACUGGCCAUCAUACGUAUUCUCUUGCUGCCCUAACCGUCACAUCAGCUACUCUCUUGCAACACUGAGAACGAACAAACGAACGAAAGCAGAAACGACAAGGACCACAGGAGAGCAGCACAACCAUGUCAUAUCGUCUUGCUACGCACCUUACUUCCAUUCUUUGCACCUUGAUCAUCUCCACAGCCUUGAUCUGCUCCGCUAUCACGCCGCCUUGUUCCACAGCAUCUUCCUCGCCACUGCCCUCAUCUGAGUACCUACCCACAAACCGCUGGGUCUCGCUCCCGAGGUUCUCGCAAGUAGAAGGGCUGAAUCCUUCGGACCUAUGCUCCUCCUUGAAAACUUCGUCAAAAUACUUUUUUUCGUUUCUAUCAAAUACUCGACAAGAUCUGUAUCACUCCCACAGACAUGAAUACGAGAAAAGGCCCGAGUAUGCAUACCAUGUCGAUUUUGAUUAUGGUUCCGACAAGUCCUCCCGAGACAAGUACAACAGGGAGAUCUCCUUUCAGAUCAAGAGCAAUCUCAUGAACCGUCAUCGCGGCCUCAGAGACAAUGAGAUGUACUCCAGCGGAUCCCAGGAUAGUCGAUACGGAAGUAGUGGGAGUGAUCGAAAUGGAUAUCUUUUGCUAAGGCCACAUGCAAGCGCUACCUCCUUCAGUUGUGGCCAAUUAGUACCGAGGACUUGGGAUCUUAGCGGUCCAAGUGCACGCGGACAAAGUUCCUAUGCGCACCAGCACCACUACUGGGACCGGCAGGAGCAGGCCAAGGAAUCCAGCUACCGUCAUUUUCCUGGGUGCCGAUAUAGAUGACAGUAUGAUGACCAUCUAUAUUCCGAUCUACUCAGCACCGGCAGCAGUAGCAACCACUUUGGCAAACAUGAUAGGACCAACGGCUAUAGAGC